AUGAAAUCACUUUCUGACGAAGAUGCGGGUAUUGUCUUUUGGGAAGACUUUUGUGAUGCAAAUGGCUGGAAUAGGACUCCAAACAAAUCUUUGAUCGCUCAGAACGCGCCGACGAAACCUGUUGUUUUUCACGCGUCACCGUCACUAGAAAAGCCAUCGGAUAACAUCGUCCAACCAAAAGAUACAUCCUGGGCUUCAACAAGCUCAGACAACUACGGCGACAACCACAACAACAAUGAUAAUACUAAGAAGAGACGAAUAUCCGAGUUGGAUACAGACAGCGAGGACUCCGCCGAUGACAACCAUGACGAGCCUAUACACUAUUCUGAAGAUCUGAAGAACAACAAUUUAACCAACGAUUACGAAUUCGACAACGAGGAGAGGUACUUGCAUCCAUUGAUUUCAACUAUUGGUCGGCAACGCUAUUUGACGCAACUGGAGCUCAAUACCUGCCUUGUGCAGGAAGUUCCAAAUGCUUUCUUGUCAGCGUUUCUAGCCUUGCAGCAUUUAAAAUUACUGCGUAUCUACAUGAUUGUUAAAAGUCCAACGAUACCCGAUUCCAAUUCCGAUGACGAGCGUAGCAAUUAUUCAUUUGAGAGCUACAGCCAUAGCGAUUUUUUUGGUGAGGAUGAGGAUGAGGAUGAGGAUAAAAUAGAAAGAGAAGAGAUACAAGCAUUCAACGACGUUAAGCCCCAGUUGAGGACUAAUGGAUAUCAUAUGAUUACCAAGUUGGAGCUACCUCCCCGCCAGUAUCUCCCAUAUCCCGCUACCUUUUUAGAGCCCCUCUUCCACUCUGGCCUACCCAACCUUCAGUCUCUCACACUUCCUAGAUGUGCUGAAGGUCCUCCAUCUCGAGAAGAAGACUUCCUUUAUAGAGAGAACUAUAAGGACAUCGAUUUCAGGGCUGGCCGAUGGAGCUGCACGGGUUUAGAGGUCCUGCGUCUUUCUAAUUAUGUAAGCUUUGGUUCACAAAGAGUGGGAUCAUCUUCGCAAGGUUACAAGUCCUACACGGAACCGAGAACGCACCUUUGGACUCAAGUUGGACAUUUGUUGAGACUACAAGAGCUUGAAAUUGGUAAUACGGGGUUCGACAGCAUGCCAGACGUGUACUGGAUAAAGGACCUGAGACUUGAAGCUCCGAUUAUAAUAGGGCAAGACGAGGAGCACGAUAGUUGUGCAGCGGAGGGAAAUCAGGGACUCUUACACUUGCUGCGUGGACUCAGAAACCUACGUGUUCUACGACUACGGACUGACUAUUGGCCGCGGUGGAUCUUGCCAGGCCAAGCCGAGGUGGAGUUUAUGGAGCAGAAUUGGCCAUAUCUCCGUAAGUUUUCGUAUGUCAGCAGUCGCCAUGACGUUAGUGGAGGGUCACUUGAGGAUGAACCUCAAUGGGGAUGGUUCAAGCACCGGUGGCCGGAACUUGUGAUCAAUAGAAAUGUGAAUUUGAAUGAACCUGGCAGCCAAAAUAAUAUCCCAAACUUAUUUCGCAGCGUUAGAUCGCAGCGUUAG